UCACCCACUCGGCCUAUUUAAAUAUAUUGCUGCAACUAUACGCACGUAGCCACGAGUUUCAUUCCUGCAUAAUUGCUGGCAACUGACUCUGCCCAUUUGACUCUGAAAUAUGGCAGCAAUGGAGGAACUAGAGGCUCUGCUGCUCUCAUUACAGGCCCUUAAACCGCCGGGCGUCACCAAAACCAAGAUAGAUGCCAUCACCACAAAAUGCGUCGAUAACGUUCAGUCCGAAUCCACCAUCGUCCAAAAGAUCGUCCAACAGUUCAAAAACAGCCCCGCUACACAUAAAUUAGGAGUACUGUACGUCGUAGACUCGGUAACGAGGCAGUGGAUGGAGAAUGCCCGGAAGGCGGGUCAAGCCAUUUCCAAGAACGCUGCUCCGGGAACAUUUGCUUCAGGUGUACAGCAUGUGACCGACUUGCUCCCGAAUUUGAUGUCUGACCUGGCUCAAACUGCACCAGAGAACCAAAAAGAGAAGAUCAAUAAGUUGCUGGACAUCUGGGAACGCGGGCAGACCUUCCCAUCGCAGAUGCUCUCAGGCCUGAAGCAACAAUUGAAUAACAAACAGCAGAUCUCCCACACACCGCCUGGCAGCCCUCCCAGGGCACCAGCUGCGUCUCAGGGCUUUCCUGCUCAACCUAACUCACAGCUUACAUAUCCUGCGCCCGUUGCUGCUCCUCAGGAUACCGGUGCCCUACUUGCUGCACUCGCAGGUUUAGGCCAGCAGACUGCCCAGACUAACCCUCAACCACCACCACAACCAGCACCGCAGCCAGCAUUUGCUUUUCCUCCCCAGAAUGUAGUACCUCCACCUCUUCCAGGAUUCAUGCCUCCCCCACCCCCAGCUCCGGUAGCAAACCCUGCACAGCCAACACCUCAAGAGCUUAUGGCGCAGAUCAUCCAGGCCAUGUCCGCCGGCCAGAUCCCCCCAGAGCAAGCAAUGCAAGUAUUGGCUGCUAUUGCGGCACAAGCACAACAGCAAGCAGCUGCUCAAGCACCCCCACCUCCCCUGCAACCUUCAAUGCCCAACAGUGUUCAGCCCAUGGCACAGAAUGGAUUGAAUGGAGGUCAGCCUGACCGUUAUGACUACAAUGGUAAUAGAGAUCGGGAGCGUAGCCGAUCCCCUGACUAUAAUCAUCGCCACCAAUCGCCUUCGCGUAGAUCACCACCAAAUCGUCGGGAUAGUCCCACGUAUGGCGCAUACGACCCUAAUGCAGGCGCGGAUGGCAAUUCGCAGCGCAAUGACCGUGAUCGCGCGCGUGGUCGCAAUAAAGCUCGUGGUCGUGGACGUGAUGAGUAUCGUCAGCGUACGCCCCCAGGACAGAGGCGCCAACACAGCCCUCCUGGCCCGACCCCUCAGAAUGACCAACCUAGAUUCCUUGAAUACGACAACACCUUGCCACGUGAUCAUAUCAGAGUGUUCAGCCGCACCCUGUUCAUAGGCGGUGCUGGCGGCACAGAAGGUGAGAUCAGGAACAUAUUCAGCAGAUUCGGAAAAGUGCAGACUUGUAUCGUCAACCAAGACAAACGACAUGCUUUCGUCAAGAUGAUGUAUCGCCGAGACGCUGUAGCUGCCAAAAAAGGCAUGGAUAACCUCCAGGAUCAAAGUGCAUUAGCGAAAGCUCGCUCGACAAAAUGGGGUGUAGGCUUCGGUCCACGGGAAUGUAGUGACUACGAGACCGGCAUAAGUGUAAUCCCACUCGUAAAAUUGACUGAUGCCGAUCGCAAGUGGGCAUUGACUGCAGAGUAUGGAGGUACCGGCGGUCUACCUCUGGAGUCAGGGAUGGUCAUGGAAGAACCAGAUAUCGAAAUAGGUGCCGGUGUCUCGUCCAAGGCGAUUAGUCGUCGCAUCCCACCAGAAGGAGCUCGAGGUCGAGGAGGACAUCAUGGCCAUGGUCAUGGUGGUCGCGGCGGCGGCGGCGGCGGCGGCGGCGGCGGAGGAGGUGGUGGCCAUGGUGGCCAUGGUGCAGCCGAAAAGGGCCAGCGAUUCCGACAAGAAAACCGACCUGCAGCACACGAGCCCCGCCACAUCUCACCGCGACCAGAGCAAGCCGUGGCAGUUCCUCCAGCAGUUCCGGGCUUUGGAUUUCAGCUUCCCGGAUUUUAGAGGCACCGGCGACGCAGAGAAAGCAACUUUCGCCCACAAUAGUUGGGUCAAGGUUCGCAAACUAAAUUUGUGACCUCCAAGAAUGGACAGCAUUUAGUCUACU